CGCUUACGACAUUCAAGGCACAGAUUUCUGAAACGUUGAACGUACUUAUCAGGGUGGGGGGCUACAACUUAUUAUUAAAACACUGAAAUAUCUCUACGAAUCUAUUUUAUUCUUAACUCGAAAAAAGAGAAAGGGCAUAACAUUUUUUCGGUCACACAAGGGACAGAUAAAAAACAAUGGCAGCAGCACAGCAGUUUUUAUCAACGCCUGCCAAACUCCCUAAGCAAUGGCAACCAAAGUUACAUGAAUGGUCAGUGUACCAUAGUAGUCAUCCAGAUUAUGCUCAGGCUGGUUGGAGGAAAUGGAGUGGAGAACAUCCAGACUGGUAUGCCAGACGAUCCACUUCACGACACCCUGAUUGGUACAACAGACAAACUAAUACCACCAGAAGAGUGGAUUACAAGAACAUAAACUGGCAUUACGAGAGACCAUCAAAACCAACUAGCCGAGUACAUGAUGACUUUAUCCCUAACAAUAAUGAAGUUAUGCACAAAGAUGUACAGAGACCAAUGCCACACAAUAAAGCCUAUAUGGGAACAUUCUCUUAUCCUCGACCAUUCCCAAUGGAAAUACCACCACCAAAAUGGGGCUUAUACAACCCACCUAACUACGAGGAGCCAGCAAGAUUUGACCAUUUUCCACCUCUAAGAUAUAAUGGCUAUUAGCAAUAAUAACUGCCUAUAGAAAUUAGAAACUAGCAAAUUUACUACAUGUAAUGCAAAGUAUAUUAUUCUGUUACUAUAGUUGAGAUAUUACCUUUUGAAAAUUGCUGUGCAAGUUUUAAGACAUUAUUAUCGUUAAGUGCUGUUUCAUUCUGCAACAUAGCUGCAGAACCAUAGCUCUUAUGAACCUUGUGAUUUUUUUGACAAUUUGCGGACCCUAGAUCCACAAAAUUGUCAAAAAACUGUUAAGAACCAUAAGUCUUAAGGUUCUGCAGCUUACUGCCACCAUACAUCUGUAUUAAAAUUUGCCAAGUUUUGAAACUAUGGAGGGUAAAUGCACUUAUAACAAAAAAAAACCUCAUAUACAAAAAAGUUCAAAUUUUUGUAAUUUUUUCUUCUUUUUAGAUUUUCUGCAUGUGAAAAAAAAUAAUUUGAGAACAGGAAUGAUGAAAUAUUUGACAAUGUUUUAUGUUAAAACAUGGUCAUGACCAGAGUUGUGAUCACACUCAUAUCUAAGAUUUUUUGUUCAUACAUUUAAGUAACUUAAACAACUUUAACAUUACAGAUACUUAGGUUUGACUUUAUAUAGAAAUAAGGAAAUAAAAUACAAGCAUAUAUUUUUAUAUACAACAGUUUUUGUUUUCUUCACAUACAUCUUUAUUUUAUAAUGAGUUCUACUUUGUACAACUUUUAACCAUGUAUCUAUUAACCCUGUAUGUGCAUUAUAUAUUGUGCAUGUAGCCUCAAUUUCUGUGAAGGCAUCCAGCUGGCUUGUAGAUUAUAUUUUUUAUUUAUUCUUAUGUAACCUUCGUUUGUUCAUGCAUAAUUUACUUGACAUUGAAGAGAAGUGUAAUGUCACAGUCUUUUCACAGUUUGGAAUCACUUAGUGAGUGUUAGAUCUUCACAGUUUAUAUUUAUAAUACACAAGAGAUAAAUUUUGAGAGUGUACACCCUCUCAGUGAACAGUUUCAUUGCUUUAUGAUAUUUAUUGUACAAAGGUAGAGAUAAAAUCUGGGGACAAACUCACCUGGAGUUUUUAUUGUUUGAUAAUUGUGAUUUUCGAUAUUAAGUAUAUCACAUAAUUACAUGGAACAAUGUCCUCAUUAUCUUUACAUUUUUCGAAACAUUUUAUUUUUCGUCUCAAAAAGCUUUAAAAAGUUUCAUAUUUUGUAGUGCCAUUUUUAUAAACAAAUAAAUAUUACUUUUUUUCACUCUUAAAUUCUCCUUUAUUUUUAAUGUUAAACAAGAUAUUUUAUCCAAACCUAUACAAAUUGAGUGAUGCAAGCUAUGCUAAAAAUUUGAUUGCUUAUAUCAAGGAAAACAAAGAAUAUGUAUUUUCUGGUAUUUUGCAACAAUAACACAAACCUCUUAAUAUUUUCUGUUUAUUUCUUUUAAAAAUCAAGUUAUUUUGGCAGAUGUUGGAAGAAUUUGUUGCAAAAUUCUUAAAUAUAACAGCCAGCAUGACUUGUAGCAAGUAUUGUACAUUAAAGAGAAGUUACUGUUAUAAAACCAUGGUGUAGAAUAUUAACAAAUUUCUUAAUUAUUAAAGGCCAAUUAAAAAAGUACUUGCAAAAUAUUUACAACAUGAAUACCCCCUGCAAGUGUCCUUGAAUAAUUGAAACAUGCUAUUUUGUAUACCUCUAUCUAUAUAAAACUUUGCUUUUUAUAUUAACUAUGUCUUUAUUUUUUAUGUCUUUCUUUUGUCUUUGUCCUGGUGAUAGGAGAAUGAAUGUGAUAAAACUUAUUUGGACCAAAUUAAAUUAAUUUUUGACUUUUUUGGGGGAAUCUAGAUAUCAAUGCCUUAGUUGUAUAAGGACGUACUAGCUAGUUAGUAAGAAAAGUCUGUAUACAUGUACUACUUAAAAGAUUUUAAAGAGAGGCAUACAUCUUGAAACAGAAAUUAGAACUAUUUUUAUGUUAAUUGAUUAUUAAUUGAUGGAUCAUAGAAUAUCAUGCCAGAAGUUUUAUUUUUCGAUAGCUCAACACUAUUGCAAGUGUCAAAACAUUCUAAGCUAUUGAAAUAAUUCCAAUUAAAACUUAAAAAAGGUUAAUUUAAUAUGGUCACAAUAGCAACCAUGAGUUUGAGGGGAUGGGGAAUAUAAGUUGAUUAGAUUUAACUUUAGAAGCUUUUGUUACAUAUUUAUAUUUAUUUGUUAAAUCAUUUUUGAUUCUUUGUACAAUUUUAAUCCUGAAAUAAACCAGUUUAGAAAA